AACUAACGUGUGACAGAACAGUCAAAAAAAUGUGUGAUUGUGAGUCUGUAUUAACAAUUUUUUAAUUCAUGAGGUGGCUUAAAUGAUAUUUUAUAAACUGUGUGAUUUUCCGGGAGCCAAAUAAGUUAUUUGUGUAUUACAAAGCAAAUUUCUUUUAGUGUUUCCAGUAAAAAGUUAAAAACCAUUGAAACGGGAACACAGCAUAAAGUCCACAAAGAGAUUUAAGAAGAAUGUCAUUGUUAAAAUUUUCAACUCAGCAUUAGACGACGUUUACAAAUGGUCAGAGAAAUAUUAUUAAAAUCCAACCGACAUAUUGACCUUCGACACUAGCAGCAGAUAAACUAUCAAGAAAAACCGCUUACUAACAAUAAAAUUUCCAAAUAUAUACCUACUGCGCCUUGACUGGUAAUAGUAGUUAAAUGCUGUGAAGUGAUUGAUAUACUGUAAUUUUAUGUGGACAACAUGUUACCACCAAUUAAUUCUUGUUCAAUUCUCUACACUCUUUUUACAUGGUUCUUGGGAAUGUGCUAUGGUUUUGUUCUCCUUUCUUCCGCAGCGGGACAAAAUGGCGACACAAAAUUGUUCGAAGUCGGUGAAACGCUAAAGUAUCAUUUGCAUUCAACAGUUCUGUUAAACGAGAAUGACAGCAGUUCCAAAAAUGUUGGGUUUUACAUUACUGGUGAUGUCGUUGUUCGAACUGUUUGGGGAAAUAAUGUUGAAAAAUUGUUGAAAGUCGAGUUUAAUUCCCCACAGCUACACAUAAAAUCGAGAAAAGCACCAUCCCCAGAUGGCUUCAUUCCACAUUCUUCAAAACUGGACGGUUUCCAAAACAAACCAUUUUUAGUAGCGUGGAAUAAGGGAAGAAUAGAGAAAAUUCUGCUACCUAAAGGAGAAACGCUGUCUUUGGCUAACUUAAAAAAGGGUAUUGCCAGUUUAUUCCAGUUCCAACUUCUGGAUGGGCAAUUUACAGAAACGGACUCGUCUGGUCAUUGUACAACUGCUUACUCGUCUUUAUCUCCAACAAAAAUUUUGAAAACCAAGACUGACUGCUUAUCCCAAGAUUUUCCGUAUAUUAGAAAUCCUGAUGAAAUAUUAGGAACGAAAGUUCACUCAUCACGGCAAACAGAGUUCGAAUUUGAUAUCACCAAUUCUUAUUUGAAGUCUGCCAGAACCAAAGAAACACAUGAGAUAUUUUUAGCAGCUAAAGAAGAAAUAGGGAGUUACGUGGAAGCUUCCCAAAUUUUAAAUUUUGUUAAAAGUGAACCCAGUCAAACUGUAACAGGUGAAGAUAUUGAUACUGUUAUAGAAAAAAUAAGCCAAUCCGAUGGUGUAAUAUUUACCCAGGAGUCCUUACUUACUGAAAGAGAAUCGGUAGCUCUUGAGGCAGUUAUAAGUUUUUCCAAACAAAUAGAUAAUUUGAGAGAUUACUUAAAGUCCCAAAAUUUAGGUAUUUUAAAACCUGCUAAGGCUUUUCUGUUGUUGGUUAACACCGGCAGGAGUUCUACUAGACAGGACAUAUUAAAGGCGUUGGAGUCAAAUAAAAACAAAAAGAUUUUGCCACAAAUAUAUGAUAUUCUCGGCUACGUACAAACCAAAGAAUCUCAUGAAGCUGCUACGAAGAAACUUCAUUUCGAUGAUGAAGAUCAGCUAGACCUAAGUGAGCGAUACCUCUGGGCGCUAUCUUUCUCUUCUCAACCAAAUCCAGACAUUAUAAAGGACCUGAUAAAGAAAUAUACAAAGCUUAUUACUGUCCCUGAAAAAGUAAAAGAGACCCUAAUUCUGACCAUAGCCUCCAUGGCACAAAGGUUAGCAAAAUUGCACAAAAAUGCUCAUCUAAAAUUGGUGCAAGAAGUGGAACAGCUCAUUAUAAACAAUCUGGAGUAUACCACGGACACAGCACGAUAUGUAUUUUUCCGAGCGUUAAAAAACCUCCAAUCUGAAUCCACAAUACCUUUACUAUUAAGAUAUAUUCAGAAUGGAACGCUGAAAGAAGGUGUACUAUCAUUUAAGGCCUUGAAAUCUUUUGAUCCCAAAUUGUGGAACAGCGAUAUACUAAGAGUCGCGGAAAGAUCAUUCUUCCAGUUGGAUAGAAAAUAUGACUCAAGCUCCCGAACACUAGCAGCUGAUAUUUUAAUAGAAUCAAACCCAAGCGAUGAUCUUUUAGAGAACCUGAUGUAUUUUCUCUCAUCCAAUGACCCCGCUUUUGAAGUUAGACAAUAUGUUUUCCAGAGAAUAAAAAUGAUAGCGGAUGAAAAUCCCCAUUUUAAAAACCGCGUUCACAAAAUUAUUAAGAGAAAUAAUAAAAUCAACAAUUAUUCUGGACUUUCUCCAAGAGGUUUAUCUACGGCUUUAAAAAGACACUUUUUGAAAAGCGCUUCAAGUAAUGGCAGCUUAGUUUCAAUUCAAGAGAUAAAGAGUGGUAUAGCGAAAAGAGGUACUGUCAGUGUUAUGCUAGACAAAGAUGGAGUUAACAAUGAAUUGUUUAGUUUAGGAAUAUUUUCCGGAGGACUUAACAGUUUCUUAUCAAGUGAUGGUGAAACAGACGAAGAAGAGGAAAUAAUAACAGCAGGCAUGGAUUUAACCAUUUUAGGGACUCAAAUUAGACCUUUCGUUUUCUUUGAAGGACAAGGAGAACUUAUGGGGCACGUGUGGUCGGGAACGGCGUCUGAGAAGACUACAGCUUUUCAGGCCCUAGCUCUUUUGUAUGACCAUUUAGAAUACAUUCGACUGGGCUCGGGAUUUUUAGCAGAAUUGAACCUGAAGGGAGCUAUCUCUUUUGAUCUAUCAGGAAAAAUUGAAAUAUCUUUGUGGAACAGAAAUGCUGAAUCGUUAGUGGAGAAAUCGGCAGGAAUAGUGGUAAUGGGUUCAAUAAAAAUCGACACAUCUUUUGUGAAGUCGCAGAUAGAAUUUAAUACUUCCAUAGAACCAAAAUUAAAUUUUCAAACAAACAUCGACUUCUCCUCCAAUGUCCAUCUUUGCAUUAGACUUACUCAGCCAGAUUCGUUAUUUAAGCACAAUGUAUUUAAGAUCGAACGUAUUCCUGGAAGUAAACAUAAAUUGAGGAUAUCAAAAUACAAGAAUUCCAUGGUUUCUGGAAGGACGUAUUCCAUAAAUAAAAAGAACAAUGAGAUGUGCAAUGCUAUAUUCUCUCAAAUUUUUUAAUUGGUGCUGUGUAAUGAAAAGACUUAUGUAAAUACCAAAACUGUUUAUAUUUAUUAUUUAAUUAAAUGAUUUUUAAGUGAGAA